CACCCAUCGCCAUUGCCUGAUUGCCGUUGUGUACUUCCUAUUCAAAAGCUCUGUCUCUAGCCAUGGAAGACGAAACAAUGGCAGAUCUAUCAAACUCUAGCGAAAGAAUCCCGACCGGUACACUUGAUCCAGCCCUCCAGAAGAAGCACCAAUCGAUGCUCGAACGUCUCUCCGAGCGUCACCAGACUCGUUUGGCCCGCAAAUCCGACUCACCGGACUCAUCCCUCGAAUCCACAUCUUCCUUUCUCUCCCGCUUCAAUGACUGCAAGCGCUCCAUCGACACUCAACUAGCGGAGUCGUCUGAACUUAUCGCCGAUCCAUCUCGCCUCAAAUCCCAUCUCGUAGAUAUCUCGUCCUCUAUCUCGAAUCUGGAGAAACUUGUCGCCGAGAACUCCUACUUCUUGCCCUCUUACGAGGUCCGUUCCUCACUCAAAACCAUAUCUGAUUUGAAACAAGCCCUGGAGAAUCUGAACUCUGAAUUGAUUCCCCGAAAGAAAUUCGCUUUCAGAAACAAAGCCACCAAAAAGGACAACCCUAUCGUUACCGAACCCAGCGGCACUCCAUCUGAAAAGUCCAGUUCUGGUUUACCGGAGAAGUCGAGUUUUUUGAUUCCCGAGUCCCCGGGGUUUAGAAACAAGGAGAAUGAGCUACUGGUGAAGAACUUCAAGGGUUUCGAAAUGGGUGAAUUUACAUUAUCGGAUCUUGAUUCAUGUGAGGUGAGGUUAAUUGGCUCGGCGAGAGCCAUUUUUGCUCACAGAUUGAGGAAUUGUAGGGUUUAUGCAGGGCCAGUGACUGGUUCAAUCUUGAUUGAUAAUGUAGAGGGGUGUGUGUUUGUACUUGCAUCACAUCAGAUAAGAAUACAUGAGGCCAAGGCAUGUGAUUUUUACUUGAGAGUGAGGAGCAGGCCAAUAAUUGAGGACAGUAAUGGCGUGAGGUUUGCACCAUAUUGUUUGAGAUACCAGGGUAUUGAGGAGGAUCUUGAAGAGGCAGGGCUUCAUGAGGAGACAGCAAAUUGGGCCAAUGUGGACGAUUUCCGGUGGUUGAGGGCGGUGCAAUCACCGAACUGGACUGUUUUGGAAGAGGGGCAGCGGAUUGAGAGUGUGGACAUUUCGUAUACUGACAGUGGGAAUGUUGCUUGAAACUGGACUGCAGGUAAUUAAUUUUGGUUGGAUUUUGGACUGGGAUUGGAAUUUUGGAGUGUCAGCAUUUUGUUUAUUUGUAUUUGAAUUUGUUUUGUAACUCUGCUGAUUUUAAACUUUGAAAAGACCUGAGGAGGAUCAAUGAAAUAAAUGUUGAUCUUGCAUUUUUGCA